AUGAGAGAGCUGAAGCUUAUACUGGUGACGGUGUUGCUGCUGUGGGGCAUCUGCGGCGUGUCUCAGGUGGCGGCCGAGGUCAAACCGGGUAGGCUGUGCGGUCGGGAGUUCAUCCGGGCCAUGGUGUAUACCUGUGGAGGAUCCCGGUGGAGAAGGCUGCUCGCUCCACCAAACGUGGACGUGUUUUCGGCCGGCGAGCAGAGCAGCGCCGAAGGACUGGGCGAGGGCGCGGGGUCAGAUCUGUCCACGCGGGACCUGAACCACAUGAUGACCAGCAUGUGCUGUCAGGUGGGCUGCCGAAAAAGUGACCUCUCCUUACUGUGCUGA